CGCGUGAUGAAAGCCGAGUUCCCUCGGAGGUCACGGGGCUAAUGCCUCUUCUGACAACCAGAGCAACCAUUCUUUUAGAUACAUAGAACGUUCGUACAUUGUGGGAGACUGGAAGACUAUUUCAAGUUGCGGCAGAAACGAAAAGAUACAACCUCGAGGUGCUCGGCAUCAGUGAAACACAUUGGACACAGGUAGAACGAAUGAGACUAGCUUCAGGAGAACUACUGUUAUACUCUGGUCAUGAUGAAGAAAAUGCUUUACAUACACAAGGAGUUGCACUGAUGCUGUCCAAACAUGCACAAAAGGCACUGAUAGGAUGGGAAUCUCAUGGACCCAGGAUCAUUAAAGCAUCCUUCAAAACAAAGAAACAGGACAUUACAAUGAACGUCAUCCAAUGUUAUGCACCUACCAAUGACUACAAUGACGACGUUAAAGAUCAAUUCUACGAAAGGCUGCAGUCAAUCGUCGAGAAAUGUUCACUAAAGAAUUUGACGAUUCUUAUGGGAGACCUGAAUGCCAAAGUUGGAAUGGACGACACUGGAUAUGAAGACAUCAUCGGACGACAUGGACUGGGAGAAAGAAACGAAAAUGGUGAGAGAUUUGCAAACAUAUGUGCCUUCAACAAACUGGUCAUCGGUGGCACAAUAUUCCCGCACAAAUGCAUUCAAAAAGCCCCAUGGAUUUCACCGGACCACACUACUCAAAACCAAAUUGACCAUAUCUGUAUCAACAUAAAGUUCAGAAGGACCAUGGAGAAUGUGAGAACCAAGAGAGGAGCUGAUAUAGCUUCAGAUAACCAUUUUCUGGUCGCCAGAAUGAAACUGAAGCUAAAGAAGCACUGGACAACGGGACAGACAACAUCAAACAAGUUUAAUACGGCCUUUCUUCGGGACACCGUAAAACUCAACGAAUUCGAGAUAGCCCUAAGUAUUAGGUUCCAGGAUUUGCACGAUAUACUAAAUGGAGAGGAAACAACCAUGGAGAAAAAUUGGAAACGGAUCAAAGAGAAAAUCACUUCAAAAUAACAGGAGGUUCUGGGUCACAAGAAGUACCAUCACAAGGAAUGGAUCUCUGUUGAUACUCUUGCAAAAAUUGAAAAAAGGAGGAACAAGAAGGCAGAAAUCAAUGUCAGCCAAACAAGAGGAGGGAAAGUUACCGCACAAGCUGCAUACACAGAAUCAAACAGGCAAGUGAAGAAGAACAUCAGAGCCGACAAACGAAAAUACGUGGAAGAUCUAGCAAUGACGGUGGAACAGGCUGCAAGAGACGGAAACUUGAGACAAUUGUACGAAACUACAAAGAAGCUCGC